AUGGGCGGAUGCGGCCUCCUAUAUACAGCUCGGUCACCAUGGGGAUGGGUCAGGGCCUUUUCCUGUUGGUCCAGACCCCUCAAUCUGCCCAGAGAAGUCAGCUUUGGAGCGUGGUGAUUGGUGCAAGCGACAUGGGAUGAGGAACAAGCACUCAAAACAGAAGAGCGUUACAAAUGGGAACUUUUUGUAUGGAUUCUUAGCAGACUACUGGAGGCCCCAGUUUCUUUGUUGGUUACAAUUCUUCUGAAGCACGCUGGCUAGAUGGCCCUUCCCACUGCAGUGUGCUAGUGAGUUGCAGACAGGGACAGUGUACGCUGGCCCUUCCCCCUCCAGAUCCAACAAGGUCUUGCUAUGUACUUCAGGCUGGCCUCGAACUCCCAGCAGUCUUCCUGCCCCAGCCCCCCAGUGCUGAGAUUACAGAACUCAUAUACACAUCCAGCAAAAGCAGAGGAGAACCUGUCUCUGUUUCAAAGAAAUCAAACUGAUGACCUUGUGCUUGACAGGCAGGCGCGUAUGCAGAGCCAUAUCCCCAGCCCUAUUAUUUCUUUUCUUUUCUUUUGGUAUACCACUAAGCUAAAUCCCUGGCCCCUAUUUUUUUUCUUUUACAUAUCUAGUCUAUGAAUAAAUUAUCUUGUAAAAGGAUUUUUAAAAAGUCUCCCAGUGCUCUUUCCAGAAAAACAUAUUAUCAAAUUGUUUUCUGUUUGUAUAGGGUAUGUGUGUGUGUGUGUAUGUGUGUGUAUUGUUGCUUUGUAUGACUUUUAAAAACAUAAAUGAUGUCAUUCUGCACUUUUUGUUCUUAUCUUGCUUUUUUAAAAUUUUGUUUUUAAACUAUGCCUUAUGGAGAUCUUUUCAUGACAGUGGGUUUAAAUGCAAUUCAUAGCUGAGCAUGGUGGCAUAUGCCUGUAAUCCCGUACUUGGGAGGAUCCUUGCCAGUUAGAGACCAGCCUGGGUUACAAAGUAAGUUCAAGAACUGCAUAGUGCAGGCUGAGGAUUUAGCUCAGUGGCUUAAGCACUUGACUGGCAAGAAUGAGGUUGUGAGUUUGAUCUCUGUACCGAAAAAAAAAAAGAACUGCAUAGUGAGACCCUGUCUCAAUAAGACAUAAAUAAAUAAAUGCAAUUCAUUCUUCUAAACUGUAUUUGACAUAGCUCUAGCAUUUCAUGCACCGUCAUUUCCACUGUUUUCUUUUUACCUAUAACCUAUGCUUUCAAAAUCACUUAAUGGCCUAACGUCAACAAUUAACUAUAUUUGCAUUCAUGGGGCAGGUAGAGACAGGCACAGGUUCUGUGGCUGACUGGAGUGUUACUAACAACACACAAAAAAGGAAGGAAAAAUAUAAAGACCCAUUCCAGCACUGCGAAUGUAGAGCUGAAGCCCAGGGCAGGCAGAACAUUAUCUGUAGUAGAUUUGUUAUUUGUCUGUCUCCUACUAUUUUAGCAUUUUUAAAAUUUUCUUUCUUUUGAUCUGUUUAUUCUAUAUUAACUGUUUGUAGAGAAGAGAUAGUCGAGUUGGACACAGUGAUACAGGCCUGUAAUCCUAGCUACUUAUGAGGGCAAGCCAGGAGGACCAGAAGUUCUAGCCCCACUAAAACAAUUUACCAAAAACUUAUCUCAAAAUAAAGAGAGUUGUAAAAGGCUCUUGGGUUCAGUGCCUAGCACAAGAGGAGAGAGAAAGAGAGAGAGAAAAAAACAUUAGCCAAGUAGCACCUAGGCAGCAGCAGUAAACCCAGGGAGCUGAACCGUGCGGACUCCCAACUGUUUGUGAGUUCCCUUUCCUCUUUUCCUCUCUCCCUCCCACUUCAGAGGCUGAAUUGUGAGCUCAGAGAAGGGUGGUUAACAAAUGGAGAGUCAAUGCCAUUAGUAGAUGUGGUGGUGCAGGAUUGUCUCUAACAGCAUAAGAGACUGGCUGGCUGAGAGCUGGAUUAGUCCUCAUGUGAUUACUGAUAAAUUGUAUGGCUUGUGUAGUGUUUUGUCAUAUGUAAAAAAAGGUAGUACUAGGGGCUGGGGAUUUAGCUCAGCGACAUAAGCACCUGCCUUGCAAGCAGGCGGUCGUGAGUUCAAUCCCUGGUAUCGAUAAAAAGUUAAAAAAAAAAAAAAAAAAAGGUAGUACCAACAAGUAAAACUUGGCUUGGGGGUGGGAUGAGAUAGAAAUGUCAAGCAUGUAGUGUAUUUCCGGUAUAUAGCUGGCUUUUACCACUAUCGUUUAGAUAAACUGCAGCAUCUGCAAGGUGUGGUCUGUCCCAUUCAUUGUUCUUUUCAGGGAUGGGGGAGGGGAGGUACUGGGGAUUGAACCCAGGGCCUUCCUACUGAGCUACAUCGACAGUGCUUUUUAAAAACAUUAUUAAACCAGGGAGUUAGCUCAGUGGCUCAAGCAUUUGCCUGCUAAGUGCGAGGUUGUGAAUUUGAUCCGCGAUACCAAAAAACAAACCAACAACAACAACAAAAAUUAUUAGUUUUGAGACAGGCUCUUGUUAAAUUGCUAAAUUGCCCAGGGUGGGCUUGAAUUUGCAAUCUUCCUGGUUUAGUUCUUUACAGCGCUGGGAUUACAGGCAUGCACCACAUUUGGCUAUUAGUGCAUUUUUAUCGAAUUUUUUAAAGCAAGUGCUCCCUACCACAUUCAAUAUCCUGCUGACUAUGCGUAAAAUUUAUAGAUUAUGGAAAUUUCUUACCCUCAGAGAGGUCACGAUUUUUAAAUUCAAGUACUUUAAUGUAUGAGGAAUGUUUUCUCAUUUAUUCCGUAUUUAGAAGUCUGCCUGGGCCUCUCCUAGAGAGUUGCAGUCAUUAGAUCCUCUGUGUUUCAGUGACACUGCAGGGCUGGUUUCCUUGGGGGGCGGGGUGGGGGUGGUGUGGAGACCUCUCGCUUCCUCCUAAGGCUGGAGAGAAAAGACUGCCCAGGGCUGCGUGAGGCUGUGGCCAGGCUCGCCUAGGGCUGCCUUUCACUGAAAUACGUGGACUCCCGCAGUUCCCAGCACUGCAUGGGCAGGUGUUCUGCAGCCAGAUGAAAUGAAAAAAUAAAGAAGCAAUUAUCUUUGCCCUGUGAGGAGGCAAAAUGUAUUUUAUUUUGGGAACAAAUUCCCAGGACAUAAACCUAUGGUGUUUCCAAAUGCCCUCUUGGUCUUCCUCAGCCCAGUAAGCUUCCUCUGACCCACAGACCCCGCCGUGUGGAUGCGCGUGAAUUCAUUCCAGCCGGCCCAAACUGGAAUUUCAGCUGGACAGAAGGGCCUGCUUCAGCUGUCCAGUGUGGAAAAAAGCCGCGGCGCGUUGUGGUUUCAUAAUCAUCCCAGCAGCAGAUGCGCUAAGUGUGCAGGGCGUGGCAGGCCUGCCCUGAGACCCGGUCUCAGCACCGCACUUCAGCAGGGACUGUCCUAAUUUGAGUGUUUCUGGUGCUACUAGACGAAAGAGUCCUGUUUUGAACUACAGCUUAUAAUUAAUGUCUACAGCCCUGCUCUGAUGGAAGGUGGGAAUCUAUGUCAAGCGGGAACCUAGCAAACGACAUGACUUCCACCCAAGUGUUCAUCUGCGAAAUUAUUCAUCUAUAGAUCUUUACUCUCUUACUAGAAGAAACAUGGAGAUGCAGGAUUCUUAUACUUAAAGCAAUGCAUCCUUGCAGGGGAAGCAGACUAGAAGGUUAUUCCCUAGUCAUUUGGACAAAGUGAAAGGGCUCUGUGAGAGAGAGCACCUGCUCAGUGAAGGGCAACCAAAAGAGAGGGCAAAUGCAGUCUGACAUCAUCUUGCCCGUUACCGUUCCAGCAGCCAGGCGGGCUGAAGAGCUGAAGCACAACCUGUCAUCCUUCUGUGGGCUUCAGCCAUAGGGGGAGAAAGGUGGUACCACGCUUCUCUCCCAGUGGAUGACGAUGACGUGUUCUAAGCAGAUGAGUGCAGAGGCUCCUGUCGAAUGAGGGAAGAGAGAAAAGUGGGGAGAGGAGGGUCUCCAGAAAAGGCAUGCAACAACCAUGGAAUAAAAAUGAGGGGCAGAAAUAAUCACAUCCAACCUUGAAACUCAACCCAUUUUUCCUGCUUGCCACAGCUCAUUUUCUCAAUUUGGCUCAUAACAGCUUUUUAUAUCUUACAAAUCUCAUUAAAGCAAGAUUAAACGAAACCCUAUCCAUAAUAUUCUACUUUUUAUUCUUCUCUAGGAUUGUGUAAAAUAAUAGUGUUACCCUAAAAAUCAAACCCAUCCUUUUUAGCUUCAGGAAGCAUUAAAAACCUUUACACCCGCUAAAACACUGCCUAACAAAACUAUCGCAGUCCUCUAGCCUUCUGUUCUCGACGACCGAAAGGCAAGGCGACGCUGCCAUGUUGGGGACUUCCUGCCUCGUGGGUUUCCGGUAGCAAGUGUCCGAUAAGGGCGGCGAGCGCCAGGCCCACGCCCUGCGGGCGGGCGCCGAGCUCUUUGUCCCCUCUCACCGGCAGGCGGCGCUGUGUCCGGGAGCCGCGGCACAAAGGCUGUUUCCGCUGGAGGCCGGGGAGCCUGUGGGCGCCACGCCCUCGUCGGUCGGUUUAGAAGCUGCCCUUGUUCAUCCCGCGCUGGCUAAGGCUUCUGAACGCUGUGCACUUGUGACAGUGGUAUUUUGAAAAUUUACCUGUUGGAGAUUUUUGAAAGACUGGAAACUUAAAAAAAAAAGAAAAGCAUUUCACGUUCCGUAAUCAAUGAUCUUUUUAGAUAUCUCUAGUGCAGUUCAACUAAUUUAAAUAAAAAGUGCCUCUCAAAGCAAAUAAGGCGGUAUGUAUUGAAAAUCAGAGUGCUUUUAAAAAAUCCCCUUCCUGUUUUUUCGAGGCUUCUCACAGCCACAGAAAGAGUUCACGAAAAUUCAACCGCGGCGCCAUCUGCUGGACACCCUGUCGUGCUACAAGGCCCUGCGACCAAGGAAAGGUGGAGGGGCGGGGGUUGCAGAUAAAGGCCAGGCUUUUUGCCUAGGAAAACCUCUUGCUCCAAGGUAGCGUUCUCACACAAUCUGCUUUUCUAUAAAACGACUAAACUGAACUGUACUAGAAAAUGGUGUCCGUGUUGAGGAGUCCUUGAACGUAAAUGAGCCGGCAUUUAUUAUAUUGUUGGUCUCCUAGGAAAGCCUGGAUAUUUGGAGGCAAAGAGGCAUAAUUUCAUUACACCAGGAGUUGCUCUCGCAGGGCUGAAACUGUUUUCUAUCACUACACAAGUCUCUGUCUACUUGUUCUCCUAAAUGGAACUGAUUUUGCUGAAUGGAAAGAAUUUCAGAGGUGAAGAGGGUCAAAGAAAUAAAAUUAAAUCCGAGAGCUGGGAGGUGUUAAAAUGUAGCUUUGGUGGUGCUUGAUAUAAGAUUGGUAAGCCUGUUAACAUUUUCCAAACUCUUAAGUCAGUUUUGAUUCAGUUGAAGAUUUUUCUAUUUAGGAGACCACAGACCCUUUCCACCCAUGAGUCUAAAUCCAUUUGUGAACACAUUUAUAUACAUAUAGUUUUUCAUGGUAAGGCUGCCUUCACCAUUGUUGCAAAUUUUGUUGGAGCUUUUACUCUUGAGGAACUGGCAGAAAGCAGAAUGUUAGAGCAGAUUAGAGUUGGCCCACCCAUCAGAGGAAAUAUGGUAUUACUGAUAGAAACAUUUGUAAUGGAAACAUUAUCAAACAGUUCUCGCUCUGCAGAGUUUGAUAAUUACUUUUUUUUUUUUUUUUUUUUUUGGUAGUACUAGGGAUUGAACCCAGGGCCUUCACACUGAGCUAUGUCUCCAGCCCUUUUUAUUUUGAGAUGGUCUCAUCAAGUCUAACAAAGGGAUGAGCUUGCAAUAGUUUUUCUAAAAGGGCAGCAUUAGCAACUUCUUUGAUGAGGCAACUGAGUGGAGCCUCACUGAAUGGUCUCUGGGGUCCUUGUCACGUGCCUUCCAUACGCAGAACAUGUUUUAAGGAGAUCCUUCAACAACUAAGCCUUUUUGGGUGAAAGCUGUUAGAUUCUACUGCCAUCGUGACCAUAGAGAAGGCUUGGUUGUUCAUGCCUGUAAUCCCAGCAGUCUAAAGGUCAAGGCAGGAGGAACAGGAGUUCAGGGUCUGCCUAAGCUACACAGUGAGACCCUAUCUAAAAAGACAAACAAAACAACUUAAUCCUCCAUAGGAAAGCUAAAGAAGAUGCUCAGACAACCAAGAAAACAUGAGAAAGAAAAUUCCACUACUGUGGUGAAUGGGUAGAUUGUAUUAGAAAACUAGAAAAAUAUAUAUUUUUGGGGGGGCUGGGGAUUUAGCUCAGUGGCAUAAGCACCUGCCUUGCAAGCAGGCAGUUGUGAGUUCGAUCCCUGGUACUGGUAAAAACGAAAAAGACAAAAAAGAAAAAAAAAAAAGAAAAAUAUAUAUUUUUUUCUAAGUAUGUUUUCUUUCUUCAUUUUCCAUUUUGAAUGAACAGAUUGUUAUGGGAUUGCUGAUGUUACUAGUACAGGAAAUCUUUGAUGGCUGAUGCCCCAUCUAUCAUACCUUGCUUCUACCAAUGUGUUUGGAGAGGAAUCUUGCACUGAAUAAGUAGUUUGGUAUCAAGUCAGCACUAAAUGUGGGCUUAAGUAAAGGGCCAAACAUCCUUCUGUGUAGGGCUUUUGGCCACUGACUUGGUACGGGAAUGGGCACAGGGCAGGAGCAGCAAGUGCUGCUUGAGCCAUCCCAGACUCCUCUCCCGGGAGACAUGAGGCUUUUCCUUCAAGUGGAAUGUUUCCUCUCUGGCCCUACUUACUUCAUUAACUUGUUUACUCACGUGGAGCCUCACACUCGCAACAGAGCCACUUAGCAAACUACCUGUUACUUUGCUCACGGGCAUCCCUAGAACACUCAUUACUAUUUCUGGUAAGCCCAGUAUAAAAAGGCUAGUUAUUCCUACAGCACUCAAGCACAGAGUUCAAAUAUUUGUGUUUGGCAAAAAGCAAGGGAAAAUUUUUUGAGAUAUGACCUCUCCUUUGACUUUUAGCUUGUUCUAUAAUUACUAUUUUCCAAAAUGCAUGAAGCAGACUAUGGAAAAAUAUCUAUUUGUACCCCAGAAUUAAGUUAGAAUACCCCUCAUGGUUGAAAUCUUAACUCUGAAGCUGGUACCCAGUGGCAUGCACCUGUAGUCCCAGGUACCCAGGAGGCUGAGAUGGGAAGAUUGCUUCAGUCCAGGGGUUCAGGGCCAGCCUAGGCAGCAUAGCAAGAAAAAAAAAUGCUUAGAUUCACAGACCCAGCUCAUCCCAUUUGUAGAAAAUAUCAUUUAAUUGGCAAAACCAAUCCCCAUAGAGACCAAUUAAACUCACUUUUGUAUUAGAAAAAGUUUACCUUCACUUUUAAAUUGCAUUUUUUGACAAAAAAAGAAAAUUGUAAUAACUGCAAAGCCUUCCACCUUCUUUCCUGUGAUUUAAAAUUCUAAGAUGGCUGGCCGCCCUUACAGAGGCCUACACUGUAUUUGUCAAGUGGAUUAAACACAGCUCACCCUUCCGUAGUUCUCUAUUUGCUUUCUCCUACAGGCAGGUGCAUUGGAUUGGCGUAAAAGCACGUAUACAGUUCAAGACAGCUGAGCAAUAACCUGUUGGAAAGCUAAGAGCAAUUCUGAGGAGAGGAUAGGACAGAGAAAUCAGCUCAGUGUAAGCCAUCCUCAGGCAGGUCACCUUCAUCAGAGGGGAUACUAGUAGCUCAGAAUCUGCAAAUUGAGUCCCUUAAAUACUCAGGAGGCCUAGAUCCCAGUUUGAAGACUAUGGUUUUGCAGAACCUGCUUUUGCCCUACAGACAAUAGUUUUCUAGAGCUGCAUGUGCAGGAAGUGCAGAGAAAAAAAUAUUACAAAUUCUAUUCAUGCUUUUUUGUCUUAGCUCAUCCUCUUAAACUUCCUAUUUUGGUAAAUCUUCAUAAUUUAUAUAAAAUAUAAUAGCAAGUGGAUAAUUUUAAAAUAAAUUACGUAUGUAAUUGUUUAUAUACGCAUGUGUACAUAUCAUAUCUUACUACACUGAUAAGCAUGUGUAAUCAAACAAAAUCUGGGAAUUGCUCACAUGUAGGGACAGUGAAGGCUUCUAAGUAAAGGAGCAGGAGGGCAGAAUUGUUGACUGGAGGUAAUGAUGAGGAGCAGCGCCAGGUGUAGGGAAGGUGUCCACCUUCAAAGAGCUGGCAAUAGGAUUGAUGAGUGGAAAAACAAGGGACAAGAGUGAAGCAUAAAUAGUCCACUGCUAAUUAAAGGAAGGAUGAUGAGGAAGAAAUUUAAUAAAGCAUUUUAAAAAUCAUUCUUUCAGACAUACACUGUCAACCGGGCGUGGUGGCUUACACCUGUAAUCCCAGCACUCGGGAGGCUGAGGCAGGAGGAUCACUGUGAGUUGGGCCACAAAGUGAGCUCAACGCCAACCUGAACUGCAUAGAGAGAUCCUGUCUCAAAAAGACGAAAAACAAAAAAGACCAAAAAAAAUUUAAAACAAACAAACAAACAAACAAAAAACCAGGCAUACACUGUCUGCAGAGAGCUGAAUUUUCAGGUAGGCCCUAACAGGGUCCCCAAAUGGCCUCACCACACUGUGUUCAUUUCAAAUUCUUCACAUUCUGCUUGGUUAUUUUCUUUCUGCUCUGUCUUUAACACCAAAUUCAUGUUUACCUUUUGAUUUAGGAGACAAUGAACUUUAAUUCUUUUUUUUUUUUGUCAUUUUUUUAUCGGUACCAGGGAUCGAACUCACAACUGCCUGCAUGUAAGGCAGGCACUUAUGCCGCUGAGCUAAAUCCCCAGUCCCUGAACUUCCAAUUCUUAGAAGAAGCACUUAGAAAUAUAAAACCUUAUGAUUAAAAAAGAUUUAUAACUGUGGAACUGGUCUUUUAGAAGAUAUUUACACUGCAGUGGUCAAAAUGUCCAAGGAAAAAAUAAGUUGAAGGAACUAAUUCAAGUACUUCCCUAUUUUUAGAAUUUUUAGUAUGACCAGAAUUUCCCAGAGUGAGAGAUUUUUUAAAAGUUCCCAAAGAACACCAUAAUAAGGCAUAAUAAUACCUUAUCGUUACGUAAAUAGGUCCGAUCUCAAAGGGUUUUAGUGAUCUUAUCCCCGCAUUCCCACCGGGUGUGUAAUGGUGAUAGAGCAGGCAUCCUGGACGCCACAGUCUGAGCAGGAACUCAGGCUCCUGACAAAUACUGGGUUGGAAAAGAAUCCAGAAGUAUCGAGCUAGAUGCUUCCUCAGAACCCACCUUUCUUUACAAUACAGUUGAAAGAAUAAGCAUCUUUCUUCCUGUCUCUGUCCUUGUGCCCUAACAAAAAAGAAGACUUCGGUGACCUCAGAAAGUGUGAGGAUUUCUCCCCACCAAGCAGGCAGUGAGUGAGUUUUGCUGUAGGUGCAAGCUGGCCUCCUCAAAUCUAAUUCUUUUUUUUUUUUUUUUUUUUUUUUUUCACAAAGUCCUCACAUUAAAUCCAAUUUAGUUCUGAUACUACCUGGAGAUGUGUCAGAUCCUACAGGUUAAGGACUUAGUCCUCCCCUCCCCCAUAGACACACACACACACACACACACACACACACACACUGUGAAUGCCAGUCACAAACACUAGUAGGUUUAAUCUGAGACCCACCUUAAAUCAGCAUUCCCAUAAUUAUCUCUUUGGCUUUAGGUAAUUUACCAUAAAUUUAACUCAGGGAAACACAUUUCCUGGUUUAGUAUAAAGGAUGUUACAAAGGGGCCAGAUGUGGAGCUGACAAAGUAUGUGGAAGGUACUCAAAGCAAGCUGUCUUCUCAGAGCGAGCUUGCUCCAGGAGCCUGUGUGUGCUCAGCUAUCUGAUGCUCUCUGAACCCUGCCCCAUAGGGUAUUAGGCUGCACUGCACAGGCAUGGUUGGCACGUGGACAGACCUGUCAAAACGUGAUUAAAAGUAAGGGUAUGAUCUCAUGCUGAUAGACUGGACAGGUAAAUGUUGCGUAUCAGCCUCCUUCUUGACCUCUUUGUUCCUCAUUUCUCCCUCCAGGGAAUGGGGCAGAAUCCCUCGGGCGAGGGGAGGGUCUCAUGACCUACUGUUUGACAAGGUUACUCAGAGACUUUCUUUACAGCCAGCUCCUACAGAGAAAGGUGGGGGCAGGGGUGGAGAUUAGAAGUUGUGACUCACCUUGGGAAAGAGAAAUUCUAGUUUUUGUGACUUGCCUUGAGGAGGAAGUUAUGAGCCAGGAACCCAUGAGCGAAAAUCAGAAAAUAUAUAGCAUCACAGCACAAUAACACCAUGUGUGUUAUUUCAGUCAUUUAACAUAAGUGAUAAACCAACACUUGGAGAAGACGAUGCCCUUGUGAAGUACACCAUUGCUGACCGAGCUGCAGUUGUGCCCUGGUCUGUCUCAGAGCCUAGGAGGUUGCUGGUAACUUUUCACAGGACAGUUUCAGUAGGGAAGCGGAAGCAAGAGGCAAAGUACAGAGAAUUUACCCAUGUAUUCAUCAAAUAGUUACUGAAGAGGGUGACAUCCCCCUAAAAAGACAACUGUGGAUCUGGAAAAACCGUGGCAGAGUGAAGAGGUAGGCGUCUUCCUAAAAAAACAACUACAGAGCUGGACAAACAACACACAGUAGACAAAACAACCACAGCCAUUUGGGGCACUCUGGAAACUGACCAGCAGCAUAUAAUAACGGCAAUGUUUAUGCUUGAGUAACUGCUGAAUGCUGCGGUAGCAGUGGGAAUCUGUGGCAUGCUCGCUGGAGGACACUGCCAUUUCCAGCCCUCCCCUCAGAAGAUGUUGCUGAGGUCUGGGAUACAGUGAGGAGCAGUUUUGCUGUCAAACAGGCAUCAGUUGCUUUGGCAGGGGAAGGCUAUGAUCCUGCUGUGCUCACCUGAGUUACAGCUGUGGCAGGGCAGGCAUGUUCCUGGCUGAAGCUGCACACAUUUACAAUGGAGAACAUAGAGGCCGGAUUCUAUACAUUCUCUUUCCACACAGAGAUGGAGAAAGGUCCAACAGAAAGUGAAGUAAAUGACAGUAUUGGAAACACCCUGAACUUUGAAUCAUGUGCUCCACAGCCCAAACAGAAAUUCAUCAAUGCAGAAUUGGCUUGAGAUGUUUCAGCACAAGACUUUGCUCCAUUACUGAUUGAUUCUUGGGCUACUUACUGGGACAGGAACAAUCUGUCCAAAGUUAGAUUCUUUCAGAGAAAAUAAACUGAGCAGGGAGAUCAGCAACCACACACCUCAGAGGAGACAGAUUUCACAGAUUUAGCCCAGGCAAGUUACUGAACCGUAGACUAUGCAAGUAAAAAAAAAAAAAAAAAAUCAGAAUUCAGAGUCACUACUAUAUGUUAUCUAAAAUAUUUAGUUUUCAAUAAAAUUGGCAGCCAGGAGUGGAGGCACCUGCCUGUAAUUCUAGCACUCAGGAGGCUGAGGCAGAAGGAUCAUUGCAAGUUCUAGAUUAGCCUGGGUUACAAAGUGAGCUCAAGGCCAGCCUGAACUGUGUAGUGAGACCCUGUCUCAAAAAGAUAAAAAAAUAAACAAAUAAAAUGAAAUUGGUAAAGACACAGGAAAGUAUGACCCAUUGUCAGGAAAAGCAAUAGUCAAAAAUAGAAGUUGGAUUUAGUCAAGAAAGGCACACAUAGUGACGAUUAUAAAUAUGUUUGAAGAACUAAAAGAAAUCAUGUUUAAAGAAUCAAAGAAAAAAAAAAAAGAAUGCUGGACAUGGUGGCUCAAACCUGUAAUCCUAGUGCUCAGGAGGCUGAGGCAGGAGGAUUGUCCUUUAAGUUUGAGGCCUGCUUGGGCUCCACAGUGACUUUAAGGUCAGCCUGGACUACAUAGUGAGACCCUGUCUCCAAAAAACAAGACAAAGAAAACAAAAUAAACAGGGCAGUGGCAUAAGCGCCUGCCUUGCAAGCACAAGGUCACAAAACAAACAAAAAUACAUAAAAGUUUGCAUUAUAGCUCAGUGUGAAAGCCUUGGAUUGAAUUACUAGUACUAUGUGGAGUGGUACUAACAGAAAAGAAGCUUUAAAGGAAGAUGAAAGGAACAAAAAUACAGAGAACAUAGAGAAAAACGAACACCAAAAUAGCAAAUGUAAAUCUAUUCACAUUAGAAAUUACACGAAUAGUGGCACAUGGUUGUAAUCCUAGCUACUUGGGAGGCUGAGGCAGGAGAUUGCAAGUUCCAGGCUACACUGAACAACAUAGCUAGACCACACCUCAGAAUAAAAUGAAAGGGCUGAGAAGGUAUCUCAGGGGUAGAGCUUUUGUGUAGCAUGUGUAAGGCCCUGAGUUCAGUCCCCAGUAUCUCAAAACAAAACUAAUUAUGAAGGGUCUAAACACUGUAAGAGAAUGAAAGAAGCUGCCAGACUGGAUAGAAAACAAAAAACCAACAAACCGUGUUCUCUGACCACACGGAAUAAAGUUAGAAAUCAAUAAGAGUGAGAAAUAUGUUAAGUAUUUGGAAAUUAAGUUUAAAAAAUCAAUAACAGAAAGAAAUCUUAGAAAUCCCCAAGUAUUAGGAAGUUAAACAGAUUUCAAAAUUGUCCAUGGGUCAAAGAGAUACCCUAAGGGGAAUUUUAAACUGAAUAAGAAUGAAAACAACAUUUCAAAAUUUAUGGGAAUCAGCUAGGGCUAGAAGUACUGAGAAGGAAGUGAAAGGUUUGGCCCAGACAGGACACUGUAGCCAGGAAAGCCACAACCGGAAGCAGGAAGCCCCAUCUUGCCCUGCCCCUAGGAAGUUACCUGUGACGCCAUCUUCCCGCCCCUGGGAAUUUACAUAUGGCGCCAAACCUAGGACCAAUGGGCUACCUAUGUAUCCCUAAUGCCCGCCUUAGGUUCCACCCCAAACCGAGGCUAUUUACAGGCCCCCACGCCGCGUGUCCGCCGGAGAGAUCGCCGGACGCCAGCGGUGGGGGUUGCCGGUCAUCUCUCUCCGUGUUCUCAGAAUAAAGGCCGCUUUUUAUUUUAUAUUUCUCAUCUUUUGUUAAUAUUUUUCAUCUUUUGGAAAUAACUCUAUCAUUUGUUGCCGUGACUCUAUCGGCAGGCAACUGACUGUUGGGCCACAUACCCAAAGUCUUCUAGCCGAUAACCAGAUAACAUCCUGGAUUAAUCCCGAGCUUUUUCCUCUCCCGAGACGUUCCUGUCGCCAGCCGCCUGCACUCCGCAUCGGCCAGACUGAUUUCAGGUGAGCACUCCCCGGAGAACUUUUCGCACUGGGCAGCCCCAGUGGAAUGUUCUCCCCGUCUGCGUGGGUCUGUGCAUUUUCACGUCCUUAGGACCGCCCAGGGCAGGGUUCUUUCUGGGCAAACCUGCGCCCACAAAAUCUCUCACGUUCUUUGGGUUCGGAUAGCCCAAAGCAGAGAUUUUUGGGACCGCCCACACUGAAAGAAUGCCUCACUUCCCUUAAAGCCUUGCGCUUUCACGGGCAAAACUGUUACUGACCCCACGUAGACUCCAUUCGUAAAUCUCUCAGUGACGACUGGAGUUUACGGUUUGGAACCGUAGCCGCCGCGUGGUACCACAAAUAAGUGACGACUUUUUUCUGGACCUCCGGUUUUUUUUUCUUGCCUGAAUCAGUCAUGGGGAACGUAUUUUCUAACUCCCAAAAGACGCCUUUACGAUGCCUAAUUUCCAAUUUACGUACUCUAAAAAUUAAAGGUACCAUAAAAACUAAACAACUAACUUUUUACUGCCAGGAGGUCUGGCCAACCUACCCGCUUAUCGGCAAGCCUUGGCCUCGGCAAGGAACAUUUGACCCCUGCAUUCUCAGGAACUUGUAUGAUUUUUGUCAAGCUGGCAACAAGUUAUUGGAACUCCCUUAUGUCCAAGCCUUUCUUAUUCUGAGAACACGCCCAUCUCUCAUUAAGUCUUGUGCUCCCGCUGAGAUACUUUUAGCUAAGUCUACUGCGCCACAAACUUUUCCGUCCUGCCCUCCAUUGUUUUCCCAGCCGCCGCCUGCCUACCACCAAAUUCGUUCCCUGCCGUUACCUCCCACCGGACCGCUUUCUCCUCCCCCUGUGCCUGAUUCUCUCAGCAGCUCUAAUUCCUCUCCAUUGCAGAUACCUCCCACUGUACGAUCGUCUCCCUCUCCGCCUUCCAGGACCCAUAGUUCUCCCAGCAGCUCUAAUCCCUCUGUGUCGCAGUUAUCUCCCGAUGUUCCAUCCUCUCCCCCGCCUUCUCCUGGGACCCAUAACUCUCCCAGCAGCUUUAAUCCCUCUGUUAGCGCUUCCUCACAGUCUCCGACUUCCUCUCCUGAGAAUUCUGUAUCCCCUACAGCAUUCUCACCGCCUGCCCACCAUACUAGGUCUCGCUCGCUAUGUCCUUCCAGCAGGUCGCGUGAUUGUUCCAGCUUGCGCGGGGAACAGUCGCCAUGUUGCAACCCUCUGCCACGUGGCAUGGCGCCGCCAUGUUCUGGAGGGCCACAUGGCGACAGGGCGCCACCAUGUUUCGGGUCACGCGACAGGGCGCCGCCAUGUUCCCAGGCGCCGCCAUGUUUCGGGUUACGUGACAGGGUGCCGCCAUGUUUCCAGGACCCUUACUGUCAACAGGCGUCUCCUUGUGGCUCCUCUUGUGAACUACAACAGCCGCCCUGUUGCAGUGCACAUGACGCUUCAUUGUGCUGCCGACAGCAGUCCUCUAGCUACAAGGCACACAGUGAGAUGCCAUCUGCUCGUGUUUCCCAGGGUGACCGGCAGCAGCUCUGUAGCCGCUCUACAGAUGAUUGCUCACAUGCGCCUAUCGGAAGGAUGGCUGCUCAAAAGCCCUCUGUUCCAGAACCUCCUCAGGCUCUGCUACCGCUUCGGGAGCAAGUUGGCCCCAAGGAACUUGUUAACAUCCAUGUGCCUUUUUCCCUUUCUGAUCUAUCUCAGAUUACCCUUAAAUUAGGUAGCCUCUCUGUUGACCCACAGAAUUAUAUCAGGCAAUUUAAAUUUAUUACUAAUGGUUAUGAUUUACAUUUUAAGGACGUUUAUAAUGACUCUGGGCCUAUAGCUGUGCCAGAGCAGGACAAGCAUACUAACUAUAACAAAUUUUUAAAACAGGUCCAGGAAGCUAAUCAAAACCCAGCUGUGUUCCUAAAUUGGCUUUCUAAUCCUCGAGCCCUGCGAGCAGUUCCAGCUUCACGCGCUGUGUCGGGCCGCCUCCCAGCCCCUCCCCCAUGCGCCGUCCCAGCCCCUCCCUCCCCUGUGCGUCGCCGUCGCCGCCGCUGCCACCUUACACGUUUCCGGGGGCAGUCCGAGCCCGCCCCUGCGCGCUACAUCCCAGCGCUUGCCCCACCCACUGGGCGUGCUCUGCCGGAGUGCCGUGAAACAGCAGCUCAGCGGCUCUGCUCAGGCAUGCUUUUUUACAAUUUGGCUCCGCUCAAAAGAUGCUUUUAUUACAAUUCUCAAACCAUUUAAUCAAGGUUAUUGGCCACCUGAUAAUUUUACCAGCCUUGUUUAUCAAUCAAAACCUUCACCAAUCUCCUGUUUAACAACUAAGGUAAUAAAUUUCCUUUUUGCUGGGAACCACUAGCUCUCUUUCAAGACAAGGGUUUUCUUCAAAGUUUUAUUUUAUUUGUCUUGGUUCAUACUACUGCAAAUAACAACUUUAAAAGUAAAUGUGUUCAGAAUUUGACAGUAUUAGAUCAGUUUUGAUUUAUUCAUAAGAUUGCUAAACCUUUACUGCAAAACGUUUCCAUUAAAGCCUUGUUUGGCAGACUAAAGCUUUGUUAAUUCUACGUGUCACCCUAUAAAAAAAAAGUGAUAUUCCUGCAUAUUUACUUAAUUCUACUAUAGUCCAAAUCCCAAACAAAAAGACAAAACUUGACCUUCAAACCUUAUAGAGAUCUUAAUAUGGUUUUUCAUAUUUUUAACACUUGUGACACUUGGAGUUCUGAGACAGGUAAACCUACACAAGGUGGAGCUGCCUGCCCCCUCCAUGGACCACGCUCAAAUGCAGCAGAAGAUACUGGACAAGAAAAUGCCCCAUCCUGGCAUUCUUUGAGACCUUACUCCAGGGCCGCUGGACUGUCCUAGCCACCAGAGAGUGGGUAAGCCAUCCUAAGUUCUAGCCCUCACAGGAAAUGUCGACACUGCCAGAUUCGUCACCGACAGAAAAUCGCUGCUGGAGGCUGAGGGGGUUCAGGGCAACAACAGCCCCCUUUAAGGUGUCUGUCUCAGAUUCCAAGUCGCACUACAGUCUCAGGUAAGACAUUCUCUAUAUUUGUGGACAUAGAGGCCAUAUAUACAGAGUUCUUCCUGAGUAUUCAGGCUGCUAUAUUAAGUCCUCAGUCUCUAUGAUGGGGUAUUGAUGGUCAACCUAUGCCAUUUAUAAACAGGGCCUAUUUUGUGCAGGUCCCAGUCCUAAAUCUUAAAAUGCCUUUUAUACAGGCUAACUUAGACACACUGAGGCCUCAACAGCUUCCACCUGUUGUCGCUGGUGGACCCUUCCUCAGUGAUAUAGACCACCCCCUUCCUAUUUUAUUCACCAAUUUCUCAGGUAACCCUGGUCAAGACUCACAGAUACGUUUUUGUCUUCUCACUUGGUUUAUACUUUCUCAGGAUACAUAAAAGCCUUUCUCAUACUUGCUAAAGUUCUGUUACAGCAAAUCAUUCCAAGGACUACAACCAGGAUACAGCGACCCAUGCCCAAAUCAAAGUUGCUGGACUGCCAUCCUGGUUUCACAUCGCUCAGGCUAAGAGGUGUCCUUCCAGCCCUAAAUCUGAUCAUUCUGAGUGGUCAUCUCAUCUUCUGUCACCUACCCAUCUCCGUCUCACAAAGGCCGCGCAGCCACAGUUAACAGGCCAAGUCAUGUUUUGUUAUCCACUUUGGUUCCUAAUUUCUUCCAUUCUAUUAAUGACCAUUUUUACAGCAGGACUCUUUAACAGUAUUGCCUACAGACUCCAACAUCAUGCAUACCAGAGACAAGCCUCACCAACCUACCGUCUUAACUUUUAUGCUUUCAGAUGGGGGAGUAAUCACCUCUCAAAACUCCACUCCUCCUAACCCCAUGUUUAAUUUUCAGAAUUCUGCCUCACCGUGGAAAUGUUUCUACCUCAACAUGGUCCUGAUAGAAUGAUAUGUCUAAAUCAAAGGCACCUUUCCUUCUACCUCACCUGGGUCCUUAAAUAUGACAGUGCCAUGUCUCCUCAUAACAUCUUGUCUCUUUGUUUUUCCAGUCUGACAUAUGUGCAUUCACCAGUGAAGUUGUCCUGGCUAAAACUCCUGGCACCAGCGUCUACCUGGGCAUCAACCUUCAUCCCGUCGACUCCCCUAGGCUCCAGUACAGCGCCCUUUGCCAGCAGGAAGUAGUUAAAGAGAGAAAUCUUCGCCCCUUUUCAUAAUAAUAACCAUAAGACGGGAUAUGAAAGGUUUGGCCCAGACAGGACACUGUAGCCAGGAAAGCCACAACCGGAAGCAGGAAGCCCCAUCUUGCCCUGCCCCUAGGAAGUUACCUGUGACGCCAUCUUCCCGCCCCUGGGAAUUUACAUAUGGCGCCAAACCUAGGACCAAUGGGCUACCUAUGUAUCCCUAAUGCCCGCCUUAGGUUCCACCCCAAACCGAGGCUAUUUACAGGCCCCCACGCCGCGUGUCCGCCGGAGAGAUCGCUGGACGCCAGCGGUGGGGGUUGCCGGUCAUCUCUCUCCGUGUUCUCAGAAUAAAGGCCGCUUUUUAUUUUA